CAUUUUUAUAUAAGAAGUAAUCUCGUAGUUGCGCUGCGUCCGACAACAGCUAUCGAACGUAUCGGAUACGUUCAGAGUAAUCGUGUAACAGAGUGAAGAUAACGACAAGGAAAGCGGAGAAAACAAAGAGGAUUUUGCACGAUAUCGCCGCGCCGUUUUUAUCCGACCAGUAAAGUGAGCGGAUCGAAUUGUUCACAAGACCGUUUAAGAUCAUUUGGUGAUAUAUGGGCCGAUAACUAGGAUUCGAUAACGAGCAAUUUACGCUCGUGUAUAAAGAAAGAAAAAAGGACAAAAUAAGCAACAUCCGCUCGAUCUCCCGGAGAUAAGAGGCAUCGGGCAAGCAGGAAAGGCAAGGGGAGGAAAAAAAAUGGCAGAAAACGAGAAAAUCGUGCCGGACGAGCGACUGUACGAUUAUUUGCGUACGUAUGCGAAAAGCAUCCAGUUAAGAUCCCCGAAAUUUCGCAUAACCGAGGGCAGCAGUAAAGGCGAUAAUUACGUUAGUGUCGUUUAUCGCGUCACGAUCGAGGGAAUCGAGGAAUGGAACGAGGCCAAGAAACUCGAGCUCGUUCUCAAAACCACGCGGAACUACGCCAGCGACGAUAUUUUGACAAGCAGCAGGGUCACAGAACUAUUCGAGCGCGAGGCAUUUUUCUAUCAGGAGAUAUUGCCUAUUUUCAAAGAGACUAUGAAGAACCACGGCGGAAUGCACGACCGCUUCCCUAUUUUAUACGACGUCAACGAUGAAUCCGGAAAAGAGAUACUGCUGUUAGAAAACCUAACGCCCCAAGGUUUCGUGAUGUCAAAGUCAAAAAUUAUGGAUUAUCCGCAUCUCAAGUUAGUGAUGCGAUGUCUAGGUGAAUUUCAUGCAUAUAGCUUCAUUACACAAGCGGCGAAUCCAACGGGUUUCGAGAAAAUGAGGCAAAUGAAAGAACACGUAUUUCGAGAAGUAGAAAAUAGUAGCGAACAAUUAGAGGCUAAAGAGAGAAUGGAGAACAUGAGUAAAACGCUCUUUGACGUCGUGCUUAAGGCUUUAGCAAACGAAGACAAACAUUAUUCCGAAAGGUACCAACGAUUCAUGGAGAAUAUGUCACAAAAUAUGUUUGAUGCAACUAAUGGAAAAGAAAUUGAACCAUACGCCGUUGUAAACCACGGUGAUUGUUGGACUAACAACAUGCUCUUCAAAUACGACCAAGAGAAAAAUCCGUGCGACUUGCGUUUCGUAGAUCUUCAGAUAUGUCGUUACGCAUCUCCCGUUUUAGAUCUAGUUUAUAUACUCUUCUGCUGCUGCACGCAAGAAACAAGGAGUAAAUGUUUUAAUCAGCUAAUUAAAGACGUAUAUUACAAAACACUAUCUGACACUAUAAAGAAGGCUGGUUACGAUCCUAAUGUACUCUUUCCUUACGAGAUAUUAUUACAACAUUUUACCAAAUUCGGGAAAUACGCAGCAGGAAUGGCUACUUUCACUGUACAUAUAUUUACUACUAACGACGUAGACUUAAAAAUUGCAUUUGACACUAAUUCGCUCUUAGAAAGAAUAGAAACUGAUAGCGUUUAUAGAAAUAUGUUAAUAGAGACCUUCAAAGAUAUUAUUGAUAGAAAUUAUAUUUAAAUUAAUACUUUCACAAUAACAUGGACAUAUUGCGAUACCAAAAGAAAGAAAGGGACUCUUGUAGUUAAAACAAAAUGCUAUAUAUUAAACUUAGACACCAAUGUAGCUAAUUACACAUGUUCAUACAAGCCUACCUCAUCAGGUUAAGGGAAUUUCGUGACUUAUCGUGAAUGACUCAUUUACAUAAACAUAAUUUAUAAAAAUUGUAUAUUUUAUGUUUCUGAAUAGUUAGAAAUAUCGGACAUUUUAUUUUGACUUUUAUCAAAUAAAAAUUUAUUAAAAUCUCUAAA